AUGAUUCAUAUGCAACCCAAACCACCAAUUUCAUCAUUCAACCAGUUGUUUGGAGCACUGGCUAAGAAAAAGUUUUAUGAAGAUGUUAAUUUGCUUUACAAGCGAGUGGAUUCAAUGGGGUUGUUGCCAGAUUUAAUUACUUUGACUAUUUUGAUUCAUUGCUUUUGCAAUGUGGGUCGAGUUUGUGAUGGUUUUGUUGUUUUGGGGAGGAUUUUGAGGUGGGGUUCUAGCCCUGGUGUUGUGACUUUGAAUUCUUUGAUUAAAGGUUUGUGUUUGGAGAAUAGGAGUAUGGAGGCUGUGGAAUUGUUCAAGAAAACGGCUGUGUUUGGGGUUAGGCCUAACGUGAUUACAUGUGGGACUUUGAUUAACGGGUUGUGUAGAACAGGUGAUACCAGUAUUGCACUUAGGAUACACGAAGAGAUGGUGGAUCAAGGUUUGCAGCCUAAUGUGAUAAUGUAUAAUACAGUGAUAAGUGGGUUUUGCAAGGAGGGGAAGAUGGAAGAAGCUAAUGGGUAUUUGGAAUUAAUGAUUCAAAGAGUUGGGGAUGCGUGGAAACUGUUUGAUGAGAUGAAACUUUAUAAUGUCGCACCUGAUUCAGUUACAUAUAAUAUUUGGUUAAUGGGAUAUGCAAGAAUGGCAGUGUCUGGAAGUACCAAAAUUGUUUUUUCAGUGGAUUCUGCUUUCGGGAUGGAUAUAAUAAAGAGAAUGCUGCAGAAUGGGCACCAACAAAGCUCAGCUGAUGAAAGAGCUGGGGAGAAUAAAGUGGUUUUGGAUCUCUCAUAUGCACAUAUGCAAGCACAAAAGUUUGGGCUUUGA